AUGUCCGAUGUAGCCUGGUUUGACUUUUCCGACUUGUGCAACAAGGCUCUAGGGGCAGCAGACUAUCUGGCCAUCGGGCAUGCUUUCCAUACAGUGUUCUUGGCAAACAUCCCCAAACUGACCAUGCAAGAGCGCGAUCAAGUGCGACGCUUCAUCACUCUCAUCGAUUCUCUUUAUGAGUGUCAUACCAAAGUGGUCUGCACAGCAGAGCUCGAUCCGAUCCCGUUGUUCUAUGUCUCUGAGGAGGAGCGAAAAACUUCAAUAGCAGAUGAGAUUUUCGCUUGGGAUCGCACGGCUGCUUGCCUUCCAUGGUGGAAGGGAGAUGCGGUAGUAAGCCGGCUCAUGGAGAUGCAAUCCACCACGUACUUGAGUGCAGCCUCCCGGUCCCUCAGCAGCGAGCAGUUCCUGGGACAGUACAAGCUCAAGCGCUAUGACCAAGAUGACAGCGGCCACUUGGACAUGGACGAGCUCCGGCUCUUCUUGGAAGAUCUUUUGGAGAAGCAGCAGGGGCACCGGAAUCUUUCCGACGAGUUGUUCGAGAUUUGCCGCGAAGCUAUCGAUGCAAAUGCCGAUGGCGAAGUGAGCUUCGAAGAGUUUCAGGAUUAUUUGUCUGACUACUCAACGAUCGAGUCUGCACUCGGCGGCACAGUGGUGCUCCAGAAGAGGCAAUGCCUGAGCAAGCCCAUACCUUCAAGAAUCCUGGCUCCCAAGGAAAAGCCGAUCACCAACCGCAUCACACCUUUCGGCAAGCAGGACACCGCAACUGAGCUUCAAGACCAGGCUUCGAAGAGCCAGGACACGUUGGUUGAUGCCGUCGAGACGGCCGAAGUGGCUGAGAUCAAGCGGGCUGUGUUCCGCGCGCUGACACGGCUGCGUGCUGCCACCAUCAAGGAGUUCGACACAAUUGCACGUCUUGAAACCCAGUCGAUCGACGCCUACAACGAUGCACACCACUACCGCUCAGAGAACCCCCUGGCGCACCUUCACGAGGACGAGGCGCCGGUGCAGACGGACAAGCUGAAGUCCUUCCACUGA